GCGAGCGGCGCGGCUCGGCCGCUCUCGCUUCCCCGCCCCUCAAGCUGAAAAUGUGUUUCUAAAAUGCAACUUCAGCCCAGAAGAAAUCCUUGGACCACCUUGCCCUGUCCUCUAGAUGUGGAUCAUGAAGAUACUAAAAAGAAAUUCUCUCUGGGUGUUGCUUUCCUUGCUUCACUUGACAGCAAAUGCUGCAGAGCAUGUGGAGGUGGCAAAGCAUGCGAUCAAGUUGCACCGAGGCAAAGGAGCCGCCACAACUCAGAGAAAGCAGUGGGUCAUGGAUAACUGCAGAAAGCUCUCUGGGCUGCUCCGUCAGAAGCACGUGGUUCUUAACAAACUGAAAAAUGCAAUCCGAGCAGUGGAAAGAAACGCUGGGCUCUCAGAUGAAGAAAAAUUGUUUCAGGUGCAUACAUUUGAGAUUUUUCAAAAAGAACUGAAUGAGAGUGAAAAUUCAGUCUUUCAGGCUAUCCACGGACUGCAAAGGGCCCUCCAGGGAGAUUACAAAGAUGUCGUCAACAUGAAAGAGAGCAGCAGGCAGAGGUUGGAGGCACUGAGAGAAGCUGCAAUAAAGGAAGAGACAGAAUAUGUAGAACUUCUGGCAGCGGAAAAACAUCAAGUUGAAGCCCUUAAAAACAUACAACAUCAAAACAAGAGCCUGUCCAUGCUUGAUGAAAUUCUUGAAGAUGUAAGAAAGGCAGCGGAUCGUUUAGAGGAGGAGAUAGAAGAACACGCUUUUGAUGACAAUAAAUCCGUUAAAGGAGUCAAUUUUGAGGCAGUUCUCAGAGUGGAAGAAGAAGAGGCCAAUUCUAAGCAAAAUAUAACAAAACGAGAAGUUGAAGAUGAUUUAGGUCUGAGUAUGCUAAUUGACUCUCAAAAUAACCAGUAUAUUUUGACCAAACCCAGGGAUUCAACAAUCCCACGUGCAGAUCACCACUUUAUAAAGGACAUUGUGACCAUAGGAAUGUUGUCUUUACCUUGUGGCUGGCUAUGCACAACAAUAGGAUUGCCUACAAUGUUUGGGUAUAUUAUUUGUGGUGUACUUCUAGGUCCAUCAGGACUAAACAGCAUUAAGUCUAUCGUACAAGUGGAGACAUUAGGAGAAUUUGGUGUAUUCUUUACUCUUUUCCUUGUUGGAUUAGAAUUUUCCCCAGAAAAGCUGAGAAAGGUAUGGAAAAUAUCCUUACAAGGACCAUGUUAUAUGACCCUAUUGAUGAUUGGAUUUGGCUUAUUGUGGGGACACUUCUUACAGAUCAGAGCCACUCAAAGUGUCUUUAUUUCGACUUGUUUGUCCUUAUCAAGCACACCCUUGGUAUCCAGAUUCCUUGUGGGUAGUGCUCGAGGUGAUAAAGAAGGUGAUAUUGACUAUAGCAGCGUGCUGCUUGGUAUGCUAGUGAUGCAAGAUGUACAACUUGGAUUAUUUAUAGCUGUUAUGCCAACUCUUAUACAAGCAGGAGCAAGCUCAUAUGCCAGCAUAUUCAUGGAAAUACUGCGAAUACUGGUUUUGAUUGGUCAAAUUCUCUUUUCACUCGCAGCUGUUUUUCUUUUAUGUCUUGUUAUAAAGACGUAUCUAAUAGGACCGUAUUAUCGAAAGCUGCAUAUGGAAAGCAAAGGGAACAAAGAAAUCCUUAUUUUAGGAAUAUCUGCUUUCAUCUUUUUAAUGUUAACGAUCACAGAGCUAUUAGAUGUUUCCAUGGAGCUCGGCUGUUUCCUGGCUGGAGCACUGAUAUCUUCCCAAGGCCACAUGGUUACUGAAGAGGUCAUGUCUUACCUGGAACCCAUCCGUGAUUUUCUGGCUAUCAUUUUCUUUGCAUCAAUAGGGCUCCAUGUCUUCCCCACGUUUGUAGUCUAUGAACUCACUUUCUUGAUGUCCCUGACUUUGUCCGUGGUGAUCAUGAAGUUUGUUUUGGCAGUGCUGGUCUUGUCUCUCAUUUUGCCAAAGAGCAGCCAGUACAUCAAAUGGAUUGUGUCUGCUGGGCUGGCCCAAGUCAGUGAGUUUUCAUUCGUCCUGGGAAGCAGGGCACGAAGAGCGGGCAUCAUUUCUCGGGAGGUCUACCUCCUUAUAUUAAGUGUGACUACUCUCAGUCUUUUACUUGCACCAGUAUUGUGGAAAGCUGCAAUUAUGAAAUGUGUACCAAGGCCAGAAAGACGAUCAAGUAUCUGACAACAGACUCAAAAUCAUUAAAAUAAUAAAUGAAUUUGAAAUUAAAAGGAUAAAAAAGCAAAACUGUACAGGAAAGCAGAAAUUCAGACAGUUGUAUAAUUAAUUACACAUUCCUAAAAGCCUUAUACAGUGGUAAUAAAAUAACACUGUUGUAAAGGAGUGAUGUCUUCAUAUUUGCCUCGCUUUUACAAAAUAUCCUUUGUCAUAUUCUAGAAUCUUCCAGAGUGAUAUAUAUGGAGUCAGUCGAUUAUGCACAGCAGAAAUGUAACAUGACAUUUUAUGAAUCGCCUUGACUAUUUUGCCUGGAUGUGCCUUUUUUUUCUUUUCUGAAAUUAAUGUUACCUUUUAUGAUUAAUUCUUUAGUUCAUGCUUUGUUUUUGUCAGAAAGAACAAGUAGAAAGUUUUAAAUUUAUUGGAUUACGCUAAAGAUUUAACCUAUUAAGUAUUAUUAAACAUUUCUGUGAUAGAAAUUUUCAUUCUGGAAAUGAGUUUGAAAGUUUACUUUUAAUCUUUAAAACCAUAUUUUCUAAAAUGAAAUGAAAAUCUUAUAGAUAUCUAUUUGCUUUUUAUUAUAACAAUUUUAAGUAAAAUAA